AUGACGGUCGCCACUAACUCAACAUUCAAGGGCUCGACCUCGGCCCGCUUCGUGAAAAACAAGCAAACGAAAGUCACCUCCCAGUUCAAAGUUUCCCAACCUAUGGACGACAAGACUUCCACCAAUCCCAUGCUCAAUGACUCCAUCACUAGGCGUGAUUUGGUGGACAAAAUCGAUGCAUUGGACGCUGUCAUGGGCUUUGAUCGGUUUGACCAGGGUGAAAUGGACGGCGCAAAGCCCAGAAAGGGUUGGUUGAUCAACAUGCAUGCUACUACUAUCCCAUCAGAAGAAUAUUUGGCGGGAUAUUCAGGCGUUGACUUCUACUUUUUGGACGAGGAGGGAGGAUCCUUCAAAUCCACGGUGAAGUACGACCCGUAUUUCUUUCUUAUUGUGUUUCCCGGCAGAGAAGCCGAGGUGGAGGAGGUUUUAAAGAAGUCUUUGGAACAAGUGAGAGUGAAACUGGUUUCCCGAGAAUACAAAGAUGACCUUGCACUUCCCAACCACUUGGUAGGGUUGCAACGUUCGCUCAUAAGGCUCCUGUUCCAUAACGUCUCCGAUCUCCUAGGGGCUCGUCGCAUAUUGACCCCAAUUGUAAAGGAAAACCAGAAUCGCAGAGAUAACAGAGAUCUUUUCCAGAUAAUGAAUUUCAACAACUCCACAAGUGUGGGAGGCGGGAUGAAUGAUUACAACAUGGACGCAAACUUCACCAAGAAUGAUACAGUGGCCGAUCCAUUGACACUCAUUGACGAUAUCAGGGAAUAUGACGUGCCAUACCACGUUAGAGUAUCUAUUGAUCGGAAUAUUCGUGUGGGUAAAUGGUAUGAUGUGUACGCCAAACAUGGCGAUAUCACUCUCCAAGAAGAUACAGAGAAAAUUGCAUUUGCCGACCCGGUGGUUAUGGCGUUUGAUAUCGAGACCACCAAGGCUCCAUUGAAGUUUCCCGAUGCCAAGAUCGACCAAAUCAUGAUGAUUUCUUACAUGAUUGAUGGCGAUGGCUAUUUAAUCACUAACAGAGAGAUCAUCUCUGAGGACAUCGACGACUUCGAGUACACACCCAAGCCAGAAUAUCCUGGUCAGUUCACUAUUUUCAACGAACCAGAUGAGAAACAUUUGUUGAUGAGGUUCUUUGAACAUAUUCGUGACUGUAGACCCACUGUCAUUGCCACCUUUAACGGUGACUUCUUCGAUUGGCCCUUUGUCGAGAACAGGACAAACUUUCAUGACAUGGAUAUGUUUGAAGAGAUUGGUUUUGCCAAAGAUAAUGAGGGUGAGUAUAAAUCCAAGUACUGUGUCCAUAUGGACUGCUUCCGUUGGGUCAAGAGAGACUCUUAUUUGCCACAAGGAUCUCAAGGUUUGAAAGCAGUCACCACGGCCAAAUUAGGCUACAAUCCCAUCGAGUUGGAUCCCGAAUUAAUGACCCCUUACGCAUAUGAAAAACCCCAAACAUUAUCGGAAUAUUCUGUGUCGGAUGCGGUGGCCACGUAUUACUUAUACUAUAAGUAUGUUCAUCCUUUCAUUUUCUCCUUAUGCACCAUCAUUCCAUUAAAUCCUGACGAGGUGCUAAGAAAGGGAACGGGAACGUUGUGUGAGAUGUUGCUAAUGGUGCAAGCAUACGAGAAGAACAUUCUUCUCCCGAACAAGUACACUGACCCUAUCGAGAGAUUCUAUGAGGGCCAUUUACUUGAAUCAGAAACCUAUGUCGGUGGUCAUGUUGAAUCUCUUGAAGCUGGUGUUUUCAGAAGUGACAUUUCCAGUGAUUUUAAAAUCGACCCAACUGCUAUCAAUGAGCUCAUAAGAGAUCUUCGAAACUCUAUUAAGUUUUGCAUUGAAGUUGAGAGCGGAAAGUCCGUUGAAGAUGUCGAGAAUUUUGAAGAUGUGUACGAAGCAAUCAAAUCUCAACUUGAAGAAUUAAGAGACAUCCCUGUCAGAAAAGAGGAGCCAUUAAUCUAUCAUGUUGAUGUGGCAUCCAUGUACCCAAAUAUCAUGACUUCCAACAGAUUGCAGCCGGACUCCAUGAAAACCGAAGAAGACUGCGCUGCGUGUGACUUUAAUAGACCAGGCAAGAAUUGUGAUAGACGUCUUCCUUGGGCCUGGAGAGGAGAGUUUUUUCCUGCUGAGCAGAAUGAAUACGGUAUGGUGAAAAGAACUCUCCAGAACGAAUCGUUUCCUGGUGCCAGACCAUGGUUGCCUAACCGUACAUUCGAUGAGCUCCCUUACCCUGAACAAGCACAACUCAUCAAGAAGAGAUUGUCUGAUUAUUCGAGAAAGGUUUAUAAUAGAAUCAAGCAAACAAAAACAAUAACCAGAGAAGCAAUUGUUUGCCAGAGAGAGAAUCCAUUUUACGUCAACACGGUGAGAAACUUCAGAGACCGUCGUUAUGAAUUCAAGACUUUGGCGAAAGUGUGGAAGGGAAAAGCUUCUGAUUGUAAGGAUGCUAUUUCCAAAGACGAGGCAAAGAAGAUGAUUGUGUUGUAUGAUUCUUUGCAAUUAGCGCACAAGGUUAUUUUAAACUCUUUUUACGGGUAUGUGAUGAGAAAGGGUUCACGUUGGUAUUCCAUGGAAAUGGCGGGUAUCACUUGUCUUACAGGUGCGACAAUCAUUCAGAUGGCUAGAUCCUUGGUCGAAAGAAUCGGUCGCCCUUUGGAAUUGGAUACUGACGGUAUUUGGUGUAUUUUGCCUAAGUCGUUUCCUGAAAAUUUCAAUUUGAAGUGCAAAGAUGGCAAAAAGAUCUUCUUGGAGUAUCCUUGUUCUAUGUUGAAUUAUUUGGUUCAUCAGAAGUUUACCAACCAUCAAUAUCAAGAUUUGGUAGAUGCUGAUCAGUUCAGAUAUGAGACAAAAUCUGAAAACUCAAUCUUUUUCGAAGUCGAUGGUCCAUACAAAGCUAUGAUUUUGCCGACAUCGAAGGAAGAAGGCAAAGGUUUGAAGAAGAGAUAUGCUGUGUUCAAUAAAGACGGCUCCCUCGCCGAGUUGAAGGGUUUCGAAUUGAAGCGAAGAGGAGAAUUGCAACUUAUCAAGAAUUUCCAAUCUGAUAUCUUCAAGCUUUUUCUCGAGGGUGACACUCUUGAGAAUUGUUAUAAGGCUGUUGCCACUGUUGCAAACAACUGGUUAGAUGUGUUGGAUACCAAGGGUGGCCACCUUGAAGACGAAGACUUAAUUGAACUUAUUUGUGAGAACAGGAGUAUGAGCAAACCCUUAGCAGAAUACGAGGGCCAGAAAUCUACCUCCAUCACAACAGCUAAAAGAUUAGGUGAAUUUUUAGGCGAGGAAAUGGUGAAGGAUGCUGGAUUGGCCUGUAAAUACAUUAUCAGUGCACGGCCCCUAGGUAGCCCUGUCACUGAAAGGGCUAUUCCUGUUUCUAUUUUCUCUUCUGAGAAGAAGGAAUUAUUUUUGAAGAAGUGGUUGAAGGAUCAGUCUAUGACUGACUUUGAUCCACGUUCAGUGAUUGACUGGGAAUAUUACCAUGAGCGUCUCGCAUCUGUUGUUCAAAAGAUCAUUACGAUCCCCGCUGCUCUCCAAAACGUGAAGAAUCCUGUUCCAAGAAUCGCUCACCCCGAUUGGUUGCAAAAAAGGAUUCGUGCAAGCGAAGAUAAAUUGCAGCAGAAAUCGAUUUCAACGUUCUUUCUGUCUUCUACCAAGCAGGACUACCAGACAAAGACGGUGAAAGACAUCGAGGAUUUUGGAGAAGUCGACGAUAAUAACAUGAAGUCGAAGGUCAGUAAAGUCAUUGUCCGUAAAAGAAAGUUGAGAGAGGCUCAAAGGUUGCGGACUGAGGAAGAAGAGAGAGACAACGCAAUUCUCAACGGUCCUUGCCCACCAAUGACUGAAGAUUACGCCGGUUUCCUUCAAUUCCAGAAAGCAAAAUGGAGAUUGCAGGCUAACAAUAGACAGAGGAGAAAAAAAUUAUUUGGUGAUAGCUCGGAAGCUUCUCAUCGUUCCUCUGUUGGUAACAUGAUCAGAAAACAAGCUGAGAAUGUUGCCGGUUCUGACUGGGAGAUCUUAGAAUAUAAGGUGGACCCGCUCAAUGUGGGAGCUCUAAAAGUAUUCGUUCUUUCAGGCAAGAAAGUCCACUCCUUCCUAUUUCAUAUCCCCAAGGAAAUCUAUGCCACGUUUAAGGUUGAUUUGUCUAAGAAGAAAACAAUUGCUAACUGUGAAAUUGAAGAAUCGAAUGCAAUCUUGCCCAAUGGACAUGAUUCCUCUCACUUAUACAAGCUCACAAUGCCCGAAGCAGUCUACAAUGAUGAGAUCAGCCGCGUUGAUGGCUUGUUGAACGACUCAAGAGUCUUGGGUUUGUAUGAGACACAAGUUGAUUCUAUUGAUAGGGCGAUCAUAAAUUUGGGAAAUACUGUGAGAUUCGACGACACUAGAGUUGGUGCCCUCGGUAAAUGCAUGAAGAACGGUUUCACUACUAAAGAUUUGAUUCCUGUUGAGAAAGAUUCAUACUUGAAAAAGUUUGGUCUUGAUAUCGUUUAUCUUUUGCACAUUGCCACGAACAACUAUGAAUUCUUCGGUGUUUUUAACUCUUGGGAUCAGAAAGCAUCUGUCUUCGUUUUGAAGCCUUCUAGUGGUGCUCAAGAACUUCCAGGCAACCUUCACAAGAUUUACCGUGAUGUAUACCAGGCCAAGAAGGAUAAAGUGGCUAAACUCUACAACAUCCUUGAGUACCAAGAGGAAAUGGAGUUCGAAACCAGCUACUUCAACAAUGCAUCAAGCAUGUACAAGAAGUUGAACUCCACCCUCAGAAAGUUCCAUGAAGGAAGAAGCACAAAGGCUUUGCUCACAAUUCAAUCCCCAUACUGCAACCGGGUAUUAAAUGUCCUUGAUGCCGCUUCAAACUUCCCAACUAUCAAAAUGAGCGUAGGAGAAGUCACUUUACCUGCCAUCGGCUGGCAGUCACUAAUUCUGAAGAGAAUCAUGAACCACUAUUUCUUGUUGGCAUCGUGGCUCAAAAACUUGAUUGCAUUAUCCAACUAUGGAAAAAUCCCGUUGUGUAAUUUGCAAAUUGAAAACAUGGGGUAUAUGAUUGACAUUGACUAUGCCAGAAGAUUGACGCAAAACAACAUAGUGUUAUGGUGGUGCAAGUCUCCCUACCCAGAUCAUGGAGGAUUUGAAGACGAUAGAAUCCAAGAUUUUGAUAAUCUUGACUUUAUCACUAUUAACAAUCCUGAAAUUUACGAAACAGCCUGUUUGGAAGUGGAAAUUGGUACUUUGACUAUUAACACCAUCUUGACAGGCUCCCUUAUCAAUGAAGCAGAGGGAACUGAUAUGUCAGAUGACCCGUUGAUUACUGACGAGAACAAUGGAACUUCGACAUUGGCACUGGACACAUUCUCCCCGGCUUCAUUGACCAUUUUGAGGUCCAUGGUCAAGAGUUGGUGGGACGAUGCGAUGGUCAACAAUUCAAAUGCUGACUCUAUGAUGAAUACUUUAGUGUCUUGGAUACAGAGGAAGGACUCUUUCUUGUAUGACUACACUCUCCACAAUCAUAUUCAUAACCUUACUUGCAAGUCAUUGUUGCAGUUGGUAGGAGAGUUCAAGCGUAUGAACGCAAAUGUUGUGUUUGCAAACAGGCAAAAGUUGAUUAUUCAAACCUCCAAGAUUUCAGUUGAGAAUUCUUAUGCAUUCGGUCAGUACGUUGUACAUGCUACACGCUCAAAGCCUUUGUUCAACUUCCUUGACUUGCGAAUCACACGCUACUGGGAUCUUUUAGUUUGGAUGGACGAAUACAACUAUGCUGGAAGAUGCUGUACCCAGAUAACAAAUGACGACGUCCAAAGCUUAAACCCUGUGAGCCACUGGCAGAUGAAGAAGUUCUUGCCAAUAAUAUUCCAGAACGACUUUGAGGAUUGGUUGGUGAUCUUUUUGGAUGCUUUGACGAAGUACAAGAGCGAGAACUUGUUGGGAGGAACGCAAAAGCAAAACCAAAGAGUUACACAGCUUGCUCACAUAUUGAAAGGACAGAAGAAACAAGAUUCCAAGGAAGAAGACGAGGAAGAGGAAUUUGUGAGUGAAGUGAUGAAUAACUUCAGAAAGCCGCUCCAGAAGAGAAUCGAGAAACUUUACCGUCGCCAAAACGAGUCGAUUCUUAAUCCAGAAAUGAAGGAGGAGUAUGCAUUUCCGCUUCUCCUGGGCUCACAUCUCAAAAUGAAAAACCCAGUAUUGGAGUUAGUGAAGUUCUUGUGUGCUGUUUUUGGGUUGUCCAAAAAGAGAGGUAUCGAGGUUCGUAUGCUACGGAGAGAUCUCUUGGCUGUGAUGGAUAUUAAGGAGUUUAGUCCUGAAUCCAUAUUCGUGAACCCAUGUGCAUCGUUGAAGUUAUCGUCCGUGGUCUGCGACUACUGUAAUUUCAUUCGUGAUAUCGAGCUUUGUCAUGAAGAAGAGAGGAAUAUCUGGGCAUGCACCAACUGUCAUAAAUUCUACAAUAAGGUUUCAUUGGAAGAGGAGCUUAUCUCACAGUGCCAGCGACUUGUGACGAAGUAUUUGACUCAGGAUUACGAGUGCUCAAGAUGUCUGCUGAUUAAGGCAGAUAAUAUGAGUGAGUUCUGCAAGUGUUCUGGGUCAUGGUCGGAGACUGUCCCAUUUGCCGAGGUGGAGCACCGGAUCGAGACAUUCAAGAAUGUCUCCCAGAGCUAUGGGUUGAAGAUGUUGUUAGCCCACAUAGAAGAGCAUUUUUAG